UCCUGCUACAUUGACAGCACACACACACACACACACACGCGCGUACACACACACAAUCUGACAGAGGGCCAUAGAGACCCACAAAACGGGAGACAAGAGGGUGGGGGGGAAGAGAUUGCACCUGAAGAGGAAUAUCAUACGGAAUGAAAGGAGACACCCCAGUCAACAGCACCAUGAGUGUCGGCCAGGCAAGGAAGCUGGUUGAGCAAUUGAAGAUCGAGGCUAGUUUCUGCAGGAUAAAGGUAUCCAAGGCGGCCGCUGACCUGAUGGCGUACUGCGACGCCCACGCUUGCGACGACCCCCUGAUCACACCCGUGCCCACUUCGGAGAACCCUUUCAGGGAGAAGAAAUUCUUUUGCGCUCUGCUUUGAGCUCAAUCAGGGCUUGUUUCAAAAAAAGUACAAAUGGAGAGUACAUGUGUACCACCGACUACGGUACUUGCAUAUGGUGCCUGUGUACAGUACACAGUCCAGCACAAAAGGAACUACAUCGUUUAAAUGAUUAUGAGUAAGAGCCAUCAGUGAAAGUUGCCAGGUCGAAAGAAAAAUAAACAUAUUUAAAAAACUGUCAUCCACUAGAAAACAUAUCAUUUAUAAAAAUGUCAAUUUCACUUUGGAUCAACAAUACCUCAGAGGAUACAUUCAUGUGGAAGCAUUAUAAAUGUUUAUCUGGGACGUUAGUCAGACAGACUUUUAAGAAUGGCUAUUGGUUCUUUAAAGACAUUAGUGAGCUGUAAUCAGGUCAAAAGAGGAUUCGGAUCACGUGUGUGUCUGUUUGCUGCUAACCAAUAUGUGGUAUAGCGCAAAAGGUCAACUGAUUUAUAUAAACACCGGAGUCACCAAAAACAUUCAAACGUGCAUCCAGACACCAUCGCCACUACAUUAGGUACACCCACACAAACUAAUGAGCCAUACACUAUAAUCCUAAAUUGCUAACAUUAUAAACCAUUUUCUGCAUAUGCCUGAAUUUGUUAAUCGAUGUUCACGGUCCACGUUUCCCUCUGUUUUUGCUUUUGUCAGUGUUUAUUGUUGUGGCUGUAAGUUGUAGCUAUGUCACAGUCAGUGGAUCAUAAUGAAGCCCGUUGCAAUAUUUUGCCGCGCCAAUAUAGCGCAACUGUCUUUUGAUACAGCUCCUGUGUUACAUCUGAUCAUUUUCUGUAGGUGUGCCUCAUAAAAUGGAUCAUGAGGGUAAAUAUACAUUCAGAAUGUUAAAACUAAAUACGGUAGAGCAGUUACAAUCUAGGUGCUGUGUCAUUCCCAUCCUUCAACAGCUUCACCAAGAAAACAUCUUAUAACUUGUUCGGAUUAUUUUAAAAAGGCAAGAAUGACACAUCUGACCCUUCACUGUUAUUUUGGCGUCAUUAUUUUUGGAAUCCUUGUGCGAAUAUUUUCAACAUUUUGUAUGACAGUGGCAACGUUUGACAGGAAAAUCAUCACCAAAGAACAUGAAGCGCUGAAAUAAAACCUGUAGUGAAACAGCA